AUGAGUCACAUCAAUCUACCUUUCAAAGUUGGUGACUCCGUAGAAGUAAGAUCUUUUGAAUUGGGUUUUCGUGGAGCUUGGUUUCUGUGCGAGAUUACAAAGAUAUUCAAGCAAGGGAGAGCAUUAUUCUAUAAUUUGAAGUAUCUCGACUUUCCAGGAGAAGGACUACAUAAAACAAAAGUGUUUCAAUAUCUCGAAGAUGGGGACAAAAAAUACCUGAUGGUUCGACCUGUAUACCCUAAAAAAUGUCGUGAAAACAAAGUCUUAAAGAAAGAGGAUGAUCUAGAAGAAGCUCUUGUUGUUCAUGACACUUGGAAAGUAGGAGAUUUAGUGGAUUGGUGGACAGAUCAUUGUUAUUGGUCUGGGAAGGUUCUGGAAGUGAGAGAAAAUGAUUCACUAAAGAUUGAAUUGCUGCCUCCACCAUAUGGCGAAGGGGACAUUUAUGAUGUUCUGUCUGAGGAUUUGCGUCCAUCAUUGGAAUGGUCAUUUGAAGAAGGUUGGAUUGUUCCUUUUUCCGAGGAUGGGCAAAAGAGGAGAUGUGCGACGCUAAUUAAACCUCUAAACAAAGAUCAAAUUAAAGGAGAUGUUCCAGAAACUUCUGAAGAACAAAUGGAGAGACCCGCACAGAAGGUGAAAGACGAUGUUUCUGAAACUACUGAAGAACAAAUGCAGAUACCCACACAGAAGGUGAAAGGCGAUGUUCCUGAAACCACUGAAGAAAAAAUGCAAGGACCCAUGCAGAAGUUGAAAGGCGAGGGAGAUCUUCGGUUGAAUAUCAUGGAAUCAGAUAUGAAAGAAGCUGCUGUCUUGGACUUGGAAGAGCUAAUCGUCAGGAUUCAGUGGCUCAAAGCCAUGUUAGCUCAAGAUGAAUCUAAUUCUUCAGAGAAAUCUUCCUGGAAAUAUGUUGAUUACCGUCCAUCCUCCUCAAUGUGA